UAGCGUACGAUUUCGCCUUCCGUAUAUAAGCUGAUCAUGAUUCGCCCUGAAGGUUAGUUCGCUCUCAGUGUAGGGCAGCCUUGAAUGUGUCACAGAAUCGCAAGCUCGUUUGAUUUUUAAAGUUGACCUUUUCCAUCAUCCGCUUCCUACUAUCUGAGUUCUCAGAUUUAACUGUAAAGGUAUAACAGCAAAACAAGUCAUAAACAUGGAGACUUUAGUGAAAUGUCCAUUUCUGAAAAAAGUACCAACCACCUUUCUACAACGUGCUGGGAACUCUCUAGCCAUUUAUGCGGAUAAAUGUCCAGUCAUGACUGAGUAUAUGGCUCGUUACUCUUCAGUGAUGAGUGCAAGAAUGCAUUCUACCUCAUCAAAUGAUGGAAAAGAUGCUGGAAAGCCCUACCUUGUCGAAGCUCAUGGCAGUGAUAAAUUGGUAACUCAAUGCCCAUUUUUGGGAUCAACUGGAAAUCAAGGAUUGGCAAAACAAGCAAGUGUACGAAUGCAGGAAGAUAUUCCUGCUUCGUCUGUUUGUCGUGGACAACUGAAGGUUGAUCUAUUGGAUGCAGUUGAAAAAGAGAAGAUAGAGUAUAAUGAUGUAAUGGAAGUAAGAGAGGAUGGGCCUCAGGAUCUGCCCAAUCAAGUUCUUGGUGCCAUCCAAGAUGCUGCUGUUGCUGUGCCACCAGCUGAUGCCAUGCCACGGGAAACUGUCAAUCCUGUGUCCGAUGGCCCGAGUUUCAAUUAUGAUCUGUUUAUGGAGAAAAAAAUUCAAGAGAAAAAGGAGGAUCAUUCAUACCGGGUGUUUAAAAAGGUGAACAGGCGUGCUGAUACAUUUCCGUAUGCUGAGGAUUAUAGCGGUAGUUCACAGGCAAUGUUCGGUGAAACUGGUGAUGGAGAAGAACCUCGGCGCAUCUCUGUUUGGUGUAGCAAUGACUACUUGGGAAUGAGUCGUCAUCCUCAAGUUAAAGCAGCUAUUGGAGAAACGCUUCGCAAGUAUGGUGCAGGAGCAGGUGGAACCCGCAACAUUGCUGGUACUUCAUCUCUGCACGGAACGUUGGAACGAGAGCUAGCGGAUUUACACAACAAACAAUCCGCACUCUUAUUUUCGUCAUGCUUUGUCGCAAAUGAUUCGACUCUUUUCACCUUGGCCAAAAUGAUACCUGGUUGCGAGUUUUAUUCUGACGCUGGGAACCAUGCAUCGAUGAUUCAAGGGAUACGUAACAGUGGAGCACCGAAAUACAUCUUUAGGCAUAAUGAUCCUGAACACUUGGAGGAGCUAUUGAGCAAGGCGGAUCCGGCCACACCAAAAAUUGUUGCUUUUGAGACCGUACAUUCCAUGGAUGGCGCUGUUUGUCCUUUGAAGAAAUUGUGCGACGUGGCGCAUAAGUAUGGGGCUAUUACUUUUGUGGAUGAAGUUCAUGCAGUAGGAUUGUACGGAGAGAGAGGUGGUGGCAUCGGCGAUCGAGACGGCCUCAUGGAUCAGAUUGACAUUGUUACGGGAACACUUGGGAAGGCUUUUGGAAAUGUUGGCGGUUAUAUUGCCAGCACAAGUGCUCUGGUUGAUAUGGUACGAAGUUAUGCUGCUGGGUUCAUCUUCACUACCGCCCUACCUCCUAUGAAUCUUGCCGGUGCAAUCACCGCCGUGAGAUUACUAAAAUCUGAUGUUGGCGUUCGUCUACGCUCAAGGCACCAACGAAAUGUCGCUCUCAUGCGUAGGAUGCUGAUUGCUGAGGGACUACCGAUUGUUCAUUGCCCGUCCCAUAUCAUUCCUGUCAGAGUUAGUGAUCCCGAGAAGAACACUCAACUGUGUGACAUCUUGUUACAAAAGUAUGACAUCUACGUCCAAGCCAUCAAUUAUCCGACGGUGCCACGCGGAGAAGAGAUGUUGAGAGUUGCGGCUACCCCUGGUCACACGGUUUCUUUGAUGCAGUAUUUCGUGUCCAGUCUGGCCAAAGCUUGGCGUGAGGUCGGUCUGGGGGAUCAACCAGCCCACCAGACGGAGACGUGUUUGUACUGCCAGAAGCCUGUCCAAUUCGAGCUGCUUUCAGCGCGCACUCGCCCAAAGUUGAUCACCGUACCACACGGAUGUGGAACCCCCGUUCCCUCAAUGGGACCCACCAAAGAGCCGCCAACUAUUACGGCAUGAGAUUUCUGUUGGUGAUUUCAGCUUUUUUUUCUAAUUACUCGAUCAUUCUGAUUAUUUACUAAUAUAAUGAAAUAACAAAUUUUACUUAUAGCCAUCGUAAAAACUUCGAAAUCACACUCGCUUUUACUUAAUGCAUUCGCCUGGAUCAUUCUUCUCAUACAGUAUUGCAAUGUCAGUUCGUUUUAAAUCUCUAUAAAAGUUUUAAGUCUGUUUUCGCUGAGAGUGUCGUUACUGCUACAAAAAUAUUUAAGGUUUGGAUGUUGAUAUUAUAAUGUUAUAUUGAUGGUACAAAUGCAAUAAAAUGAACAUUCGCUGA